AUGAAGCUUUGUCAGUCCAUCAUGGACAUGGAUAUGCCAGAUUAUGUCGACUCCUUGGACUCCUCUUAUACCAUGCUGGAAUUCGACAACCUCCGCGUGCUCCCCAACAACACGGGUGAGAUUUUUAUUCAUGCCAUCGCGGCCGAGUCAGCAAACCCCAACCUGCUCCCCAACGGUGUCAGCUCCCUGUGCUCCAUCUGUGGGGACAGAGCCACUGGCAAGCACUACGGGGCCUCCAGCUGUGAUGGCUGCAAAGGCUUCUUCAGGAGGAGCGUCCGCAAGAACCACGUCUACUCCUGCAGGUUCAACCGACAGUGUGUGAUAGACAAAGACAAGAGGAACCAGUGCAGGUACUGCAGGCUGAAGAAAUGCUUCAGAGCUGGCAUGAAGAAAGAAGCCGUGCAGAAUGAGCGUGACAGGAUCAGCAUCCGCAGGAGCAGCUAUGAGGACAAUGGCUCCCUCUCCAUCAACAUCCUCACCCAGGCUGAGGCCAUGGCACAGCAGUAUUUACCCCUGAGCCCCGUGCACAGCGCAGACAUUGCCAUGAAGAAGAUUGCCACCAUCAACGACGUGUGUGAAUCCAUGAAACAGCAGCUCCUGGUGCUGGUGGAAUGGGCAAAAUACAUCCCAGCCUUCUGCGAGCUCCCCCUCGACGACCAGGUUGCCUUGCUCAGAGCCCAUGCAGGUGAACAUCUGCUCCUUGGGGUGGCCAAGAGGUCCAUACCAUACACUGAUUUCCUGCUGUUAGGGAAUGAUUUCAUCAUCCCAAUGCACUGCCCGGAGCUGGAAAUCGCCCGUGUGGCCACCAGAAUCUUGGACGAGCUGGUGAAGCCCCUGCGGGACAUCCAGAUUGAUGACAACGAGUACGCCUGCCUGAAAGCCAUCAUCUUCUUUGACCCAGACUGCAGAGGGCUGAGCGAGCCGGGCAAGGUGAAGAACAUGCGCUUCCAGGUGCAGGUGAACCUGGAGGAUUACAUCAACGACCGCCAGUACGACUCGCGGGGCCGCUUCAGCGACAUCCUGCUGCUGCUGCCGCCCCUGCAGAGCAUCACCUGGCAGAUGAUCGAGCAGGUGCAGUUUGUGAAGCUCUUCGGAGUGGCCAGGAUUGACAGCUUGCUGCAGGAGAUGCUGCUGGGAGGAACCUCUGCUGAUCUCCAGUACCAGUCAGCACCUCCCAACCUCAACCUGGAACCACUGCCAGGACAUGUCCUGCAAAGCAACAUGACCUCUGUGAUCCACACUGCUCCAGACCCCUCUCCUGAGACAUCCCUUCCAUCUCCCUCUGCCAGCACAGGCAGUGAAGACUAUAAGCUAGGCUCUAGCGCAGGGCCCAGCACCGUGGUGCAGCUGCUGCCUCACACAGCCAUGCCCAAGCAGGAGAUUUGA